CAAGAUUCUAUUCCAGACUUGUAUAUCAACUCUUAUCUCAACACCAUGUCGUUUGUCGAAGCCUGCUGCAACACUCCGCCUGUCACGGCCAAGUAUGUCAAGGCUGGGGAAAUUCGCACUAUCGAUGGGACUGAUGUCUACUUUGCUGGUCCAGGAUCAUCCAAGUUAGGCCUGAUUUUUUGCUACGACAUUUUUGGCUUCCAUCCAAAUGCAUUUCAGUUUGCCGAUAUCCUGGGCAAUGCUGGCUUCCGCGUUGCAAUUCCUGACUUCCUCAAGGGCAAGCCAGUUACUACUGCUGAGCUUGGCAACCGCGAGCUCAUUGCCGAGUUUGCUGCCAAGCGUGCCCCGUGGUCCUUCAACAAAGCAACUUACGAAAUGGCACACAGUGCCCUCCUGAGUGAGGGUGCGGAAAAGAUCGGUGCUGUUGGCCUUUGCUGGGGUGCCAAACUUGCCAUCAGCGCGCUAGCUGAGGAUCUUGCCGUUGCUGCCAUACUGAUCCACCCCAGCAUGCUAACAGCUGAUGAUUUCUCUGAGGCUGCUGGUCCUGUUCUGCUGAUUGAAACUAGGGAUGAGAAGGAUCUCAGCGAAGAGUUUGCCCUAGUAAAAGCCCGCUACUCUCUAUCCGUGCGCGAUCGCUACGAUGAUAUGCACCAUGGCUUCACUGGUGCCCGUGGCGACUACUCGAAGAAGGAGCAGGCUGAUCGUGCCAACCAGGCUAUCAAGGCCACAAUCACGUUCUUUGCAGGUGUUGCCAACUAGAUAAAUGUCAAUACAUCUAAGCAUCAUCGCCGAUAUUUUGGUAUUUC